AGUAUAGUGUUGGUUUAUUUACAAAAUUAAGUUGUUUCAAAUGGAAAUUACUGGUAAAGUGGUUAUUCUGGGACCUAUGGGUGUAGGAAAAACCAGCAUUCCACUUCGUUAUAUUCAAAAGUUUUUCUUCGGUAACAUCCAACCAACCGUGGGCAGUUCUCUCUUACUGUGUAAACUUGUCAUAGAUGACAUCACUGUGAAUUUACAGAUAUGGGAUACUGCUGGUCAAGAACGCUUUAGAAGUCUGGUCCCUAUGUUUUACCGGAAUGCAAACGCAGCUCUAUUCGUUUUUGACAUUACUUCAAUGGAGAGUUUUCAAAGUAUGCAGGGAUGGGUUAAUGAAUUAAAACACAAUCUUCAAAAUUCGGUGGUCACAUGUGUGAUAGGAAACAAACUCGAUUUAUCAAAAAAUAGAGAAGUCCCUACGGAUGUAGCCAGGCAAUAUGCCAAAAGUAUCAAUGCAAGGUACUACGAAUGUUCAGCUAAGCGAGAUCAGGGAAUUGGAGCAGUUUUCGAUUACGUAGCGCGUGGUGUGGUGGAACAAUUGGCGAACACAAGUGAUCAUGAGUCAGGAAAUACUACGAACGUAGCAUAUAGCAAUAAUAGCAAUACAAUAAGAAAUGACACAGAAAGGACUAUUAAUACAAAAAGUCGUUGUUGAUUUUUGGUUAACGUAAUUAUUAUUAAGUAUACUAUAUUUUGUGUAUUUAAUAUUUAUAUAUUUCACUUUAAUAAAUUGUGUGUGAAGAUGGA